ACCUUGAUUUUUUUUUACCGCGGACGCGCUACCAGUCUUUUGUGAAGGGCGACGGGUUGCUUAGCGUGCGUUUGUUUACAAGGUUGCAAUUGUGGUGUAGAUUGAUACAAGCUGCCGGCUGGAGUGUGCAUUGGUUGUAGCAGGGCUGCUUUUGGCUUCUGCAACUUCAAGAAAGCCUAUCUAUUCACACACUGAAUAACACCUGGUAGACAUCUCUUCCCCGCACCCCACAUAGGCUGCACCCACGCAAUCUCGAUUGAGCCUCAUUGUAGCAUUUCCCCCAUGAAUGUGAAUGCAACCCAUAAAUUGAAUCUCAGGUGUAACACAGAAAGACUGGGUGAAAUGAUAGAGACGAGGAAGAGAAGAAAACAGAAAUGCCUGGAAGAAUGUGCUGUUCGAGAGGAGGCAAAGCUGGAGGAAUCGGCAGCAGAUGCGUGCCAUGAAGAGUCAUCAGUGAAAGAUGUGAGUGAACAAACCAGUGCCGAAGAAAUCUCCUUGAGGGCUGAAGAAGAGACACCAAAUGGCAAGAAUGAUACAGGAAACAAGGGUACAAAAUGGAAGCCUGCCCUUCAUCAGUGGGCAAAGGUUUUCUUUGGUAGCUGGGCAGCGAUCGCGAGUGGAAUGCUGUAUGCUGUGUACCUUUCCACAUUUCAUGAAAGAAAAUUCUGGUUUUCCAGCAAACAGGAACUUGAACGAGAAAUCUCUUUCCAAGCUGACAGUGGCUUGUACUACUAUUAUUAUAAAAAGAUGUUGCAGGCAACAUCAAUCCAAGAAGGCUUUUUUGAACUGACACAUGAUAACAAUACAUUAUCAUUAAGGACCCUUAAUUCAGUGCAGCAAAUUGGUCUGUAUCCAGAGGUCUUCACAGGCAUCCUGUACCGUAUCACUGGUAGUGGGGAGGCAAUUGAGCCUGUAUAUUUUUACAUUGGUAUUAUAUUUGGGUUGCAAGCAGUUUACGUGACUGCACUAUACGUCACAAGCUGGAUGCUGAGUGGGACCUGGAUGGCAGGCAUGCUGACGGUAGUUUGGUACAUUAUUAACCGGACUGAUACCACGAGAGUGGAACAUACUGUUCCCCUGAGGGAAAAUUGGGCGUUACCAUAUUUUGCACUACAGGUUGGAGCCCUCACUGGUUAUCUGAAGACCAACAUUAAUUCUACAAUGGAGAUGUUUUCAUAUCUCCUGAUGUGCGCUUCUGCAUUUGCCUUCAUAAUGAUAUGGGAGAUUAGUCACUAUGUGCUAUUUGUGCAAGCCUUCAGUCUUUUCCUGUUGGAUUGCCUGGAUCUCAUUCCGAGUCGUAAGGUAACAGAGGUGUACAGGAUGUACUUGGUGUGCCUUGCACUGGGGUAUUUUACGCAGUUCAGAAACUCCGCUUUGCUCGCUUCCCCACUUCUAAGUUUCAUUUGCGGUUCACAUCUUGCAAAAUAUAUUCAGCAAAACUUGAAGAAAGGUCACCUUGUUGCAAGGCUUAUGAAGUUGCUCCUUCAUUUCUACUUGGUUUUCACCAUCUCAAUCAUUUUAAAUCUUGUCAUAAAAAAAAUCCUCCCUCAAGAAGAAAAUGAACUUAUAUUGAAGUUUUUUGAAGCAAAAUUUGACUUGAAUACUACAAGAGAUUUCAGCACAAAUCUGUUGCUUUGUCAGGAAACCUUCCAGACGCCGUCGCAAGAGUUCUUCAUUCGACUGACCCAGACCUGUCUCCUCCCCUUCUGUAUGUCUGUCAUGCUGAUCUGCCUGCUCUCAACUUUGGAAGUUGUUGCCAAGAAGUUUCGUAAUGUGCCACAAAAAAGUGAUGGUGUGCCAGAUAUUAUGGUGAUCGGUGAGAGGCCGGAGGUGGCUUACCACAUGCUGCAUAUGGUGCUGUUCGGCUCACUGGCACUGAUGUUCCAAGGCCUGAAGUAUUUAUGGACCCCGUAUGCCUGCAUGUUUGCAGCCUUUGGUGUAUGUUCCCCUGAGCUAUGGAUGACUGUGUUUAAGUGGUUGCGGCUGAGAGCAGUGCCUCCAUUGCUUCUGGCUCUUGUAUUGAGCACUGCAGUUCCAACAAUAAUAGCAUUCAGCAUUUGGAAGGAUUUCCUUCCAGAUGUAAUGAGCGAGCUGUCUGAACUGCAGGAGUUUUAUGAUUCAGAUACUGUCGAGCUGAUGAACUGGAUCAAAAGACAAACUCCGACGGCCGCAGUGUUUGCGGGCAGUAUGCAGCUUAUGGGGACUGUGAAGCUGUGCACCGGGCGAACGGUGACCACGCACCCUCUCUAUUCAGAUAAAGAUAUGAGGAAGCGGACAGAGGAGAUUUACCAGGUCUAUUCCAGGAGAUCUGCAGAAGAUAUCUACAUGAUCCUCGUGUCCUACAAAGCCGAUUAUGUGAUUAUUGAAGAAGGAAUUUGUAAUGAUAUGGGUCCAGUGAAAGGCUGCCGCGUUAAGGAUCUGGUGGACGUUGCAAAUGGUCAUAUACUCCAUAACGAAGAUGGCAGUGACACAAACUAUGCGUUCUCACACUAUGGACGAUUCUGCCAUGAGAUUGAGCUGGACUAUUCCCCCUACAUCAACUAUUUCACGCGUGUCUAUUGGAACCGAUCUUACCGCGUGUACAGAAUCAACACCCUAAUAUCAUUUCAAUAUCGAUGAAGAUUUGAAGCCUUUUGAAUCGACACCUUAUUUUUGCUGCAUAUAUUUAAUUUUUGGUGUUCCUUUGGCAUCUGGAACUUUUGAGGGGGAAAAAAAAACUUUAUUUUCUUUUUAACUUUU